AUGCGGAUCCGUUACCCGUUCGCAGGUGCCUUCACCUUCCUGAUGAUCCUAGCCGGAUACAUCGGCCUCCUUCCACACAGCACAACAUCUACAAUCCCAUCAAAUCUCCAACCAAACGAUAAAUUCCUCCACCUAUUCACCUUCUUCCUACUAUCCUUAACCUUCUACUGGAUCAUCGACACAACUCGUCGCCGCACUUUACAUCUCACCCUCCUCAUCUGUACACUGGGUCUCGGUGUCGGAUCCGAAGUCAUCCAGGGAUUUCUCCCUAACGACCGUCCUUUCGACCCAUUCGAUAUCGUCGCUAAUGUCGUCGGGAGCCUCGGCGCAGUAGGUCUGUGCGGUUGGUACCACCGUCGCAUGUUGGAUCGUCGUCGGAAGACCCGUUUCGGUGUUAAUGAUGGAGGAGCCGAUGAUGUUGAGCUCGGCGUUGGUGUUGGUCAUUCGCGCGAAGAAGAGGAAGGUCUCGGGCCGCAGGAAUCCGGGGUUAUGUCCCUUGAGCAGCAGGUCGAUAAUUGGGACGAGAAUGCGGUUGAUAAUUGGGAUACUGAGGAUGGUCCUGGGCCAUCUACAAGGAAUAGUUCUCCGCCUGGCUACGAGGAUCGGAAGAGUAGUGCGGCUGAGUUGAUGGACCCUGCGGUUAAGCGGAAUGAUUAG